GAGAUAUACUGCGAGAAGCUGUGCUCAACAUCAUCACUGGCAGAAUCACAGACAGACUUCAAAAGAGCCUUCAAACCUUGACGGUUCUGUGGGUCUUCAAAUCUUGACGGUUCUGUGUGAUCUUUAGUUCUUUUUUUUCUGUUGGAUUCAGAUCAGGACUUUUAUGAAUACCGGUAAGCAACAGAAGCCAGUGCUUACAGGCCAGCGGUUUAAGACCAGGAAAAGGGAUGAAAAGGAGAAGUUUGAGCCUACGGUUUUCCGAGACACAAUUGUUCAGGGCCUCAACGAAGCAGGUGGUGAUCUUGAUGCUGUAGCCAAAUUUCUGGAUGUCACUGGGUCGAGACUAGACUACCGUCGCUAUGCCGACACCCUGUUUGACAUCCUCAUUGCUGGGAGCAUGCUGGCUCCCGGAGGAACACGCAUUGACGACGGGGACAAGACCAAGGUGACACAGCACUGUGUGUUCAACGCGGAGGAAAACCACACCGCUGUUCGCAGCUAUGCUCAGGUGUUUAAUAAACUUAUCAGAAGGUAUAAAUAUCUGGAGAAAGCCUUUGAAGAAGAAAUCAAGAAGCUUCUUCUGUUCCUGAAGGGUUUUACUGAGUCUGAGCAGACCAAACUAGCCAUGCUAACAGGCGUCCUGUUGGCCAACGGCACACUGCCACCACCAAUCCUAACCAGCCUCUUUAGCGAUAACCUUGUCAAAGAAGGAAUAUCAGCCUCUUUUGCGGUGAAGAUGUUUAAAGCUUGGAUAGCAGAGAAGGACGCCAAUGCUGUGACAUCUGCUCUUAGAAAAGCCAACCUGGAUAAGAAACUCCUGGAACUCUUCCCUGCCAAUAAGCAGAAUGUGGAGCACUUCACAAAGUUCUUCACGGAGGCAGGACUGAAAGAGCUUUCAGACUUCCUGCGCACGCAGCAGACUCUGGGCACACGAAAAGAGCUUCAGAAAGAGCUGCAGGAGCGCCUGUCGCAGCAGUGUCCCAUCAGAGAGAUCGUGGUGUAUGUGAAGGAGGAGAUGAAGAAGAAUGAUCUUCAGGAGCAGGCUGUGAUUGGCUUACUGUGGACCUGCCUCAUGAAUGCCGUGGAGUGGAAUAAGAAAGAGGAGCUGGUGACCGAACAGGCCCUCAAACACCUAAAGCACUAUGCACCUCUCCUGGCUGUGUUCAGUACUCAGGGUCAAUCAGAGCUGGUAUUACUGCUCAAGAUUCAGGAGUACUGCUAUGAUAACAUCCACUUCAUGAAGUCCUUCUCCAAAAUAGUGGUGCUCUUCUACAAAGCUGAUGUGGUUAGUGAGGAGGCCAUUAUGAAAUGGUACAAAGAUGCGCAUGCUGCCAAAGGAAAAAGUGUAUUUCUGGAGCAAAUGAAGAAAUUUGUGGAGUGGCUUCAGAAUGCGGAGGAAGAGUCUGAGUCAGAGGGGGAAGAAGACUGAGGAUCCUGGUGAUGUUGUGGGUUUUACACUGUCAGCUCUCUGUGACCAGCUUUUUAGUGCACAAUUAGGCUUUUUGUCAUUACAUUUGUGUCCAGAGGGACAAAGUCAUAUACACUGAAGCUCAAUCCAGGGAAAAAAAGCUUCCGAGCUCUAUGAAAACAAUAGCGCAGGAGGCUACGUAUAGACAGCCUUUAAUAACAAACACUUUAACUUGGAUUUUGUAUUAAUGCCAUUCAGGUACACAUCCGUUUCCUGCAGUUGAUUUUCAAACGAACAAACACGUGUAUAUGUCGUAUGGGACUGCUUUGAAACUUUUUAUGAAUAAAAGGUGUUUUAUAUGUACUCUA